UUUAAGCCAACCCAAACAGAUCAGUUUUGUGUACCACCCACUAUCUCUCUUCUCUUCUCAUUCAGAAACAGUGAUCAUCUCUCAAUCGGAAAUAAUGGGGAGCAUCCAGGAGGAAAGAACAAUUACAGGAUGGGCAGCAAGGGACUCAUCUGGUGUUCUCUCACCCUACAAAUACACUCUUAGAAACACAGGCCCGGAAGAUGUGUACAUCAAGGUCCUAUGCUGUGGAGUUUGUCACACCGAUGUUCACCAGGUCAAGAAUGAUCUCGGCAUGUCCAACUAUCCCAUGGUUCCUGGGCAUGAAGUUGUGGGGGAAGUGGUGGAAGUGGGAUCGGAAGUGAGAAAGUUCAAAGUGGGAGAUGUGGUGGGAGCAGGGUGCCUGGUGGGAAGCUGCAGAAACUGCAAGCCUUGCAAAUCCGACAGCGAGCAGUACUGCAACAAGAAAAUCUGGUCAUAUAACAGCGUCUACACCGACGGCAAACCCACUCAUGGCGGAUUCGCCGAGGCCAUGGUCGUCGAUCAGAAGUUUGUGGCGAAGAUACCAGAAGGAAUGGUGCCAGAGCAGGCGGCGCCACUAUUGUGCGCUGGGGUGACGGUGUACAGCCCGUUGAAGCACUUCGGGCUGACACAGAGCAUGUUGAAAGGAGCAAUUCUUGGGCUUGGAGGUGUUGGCCACAUAGGGGUGAAGAUAGCCAAGGCAAUGGGACACCAUGUCACUGUCAUAAGCUCCUCCGACAAGAAGAAAGAGGAGGCUCUUGACCAUCUCGGCGCCGAUGACUACCUCGUCAGCUCCGAUGCCGCCAAAAUGCAAGAGGCUUUCGACUCCUUCGACUACAUAAUCGACACCGUGCCGGUUUUCCACCCUCUUGAGCCUUAUCUCUCGCUAUUGAAGCUUGAUGGGAAGCUCAUCUUGAUGGGUGUUAUCAACAAGCCUCUUCAAUUUGUCACCCCCAUGGUCAUGCUUGGGAGGAAGUCCAUCACCGGGAGCUUCAUAGGGAGCAUGAAGGAGACAGAGGAGAUGCUGGAGUUCUGCAAAGAGAAGGGAUUAACUUCGAUGAUCGAAAUCGUGAAGAUGGAUUAUGUUAACAAAGCGAUUGAGCGAUUGGAGAAGAACGACGUUAGGUAUAGGUUCGUUGUGGAUGUCGCCGGAAGCAAGCUUGACGAGUGACCAAAAAACCAAAAUGAAAAAAGAAGAGAAAAGGGAAAGUACUAAUCAAGUUGAGUAACAAACAGUUUACAUGCGUACAAAGUUGAAAAAGAGAGAAAAAGCUUUGUUUUCUUUUGUUCCAAGUUGCUUUGUUUGUUUAAUAUUUGGACAGUUCAAUUAUUGCGGUUUAAUUAUAAAAUAUGUGUUGCAUUUGUGGUUUUGGUAGUGUGGUCACCAAUCUAUCACUUGGAUUUGUCUGUCUCGUAAUGAGAGUGAAAGGCCUCAAAAUUUGGUCA